AUGCCUGGCACACGAUCAUCUGCCCGUUUGGCUGAGAAGCAGUCCAGCNCCCCAGCUGCUUCCCAAGAAACAAAAGACAACAAGCGCAAGGCCGAAGAUACUCAAUCUUCUCCUUCCAAGAAGGGCCGCAAGGACACUGCUGAGCAAAAGACCAUCGAAGAGACGCUCAAGCCUGCUGAACACACCAACGGUGAUUCUGAAUCCAAGCCUCCUGGUGAAGCUGGUCAGACCGAACGUGCUGAGCAGAAGCCCGCUGCCGACUCAGCUGAGCAAAAGUCAUCAGAGCAAGCAUCUGAACAGAAGCCCUCUGAGCAGACUAACGCUGAAAUGAAGGACGACGGCUCCAUCAAGCAGGUCGGCGAAUCCUACCAGGGCCAGAACAGAGAGGGCGAGUCAAAGGAUGAUCCCGAGAAGGCUCUCAAGGACUCUCGUGGUGGUCAAGGUCUGAACACCAUUGAGCCCGAGAACCCUAAGUCUAAGCCCGAGAACCUCCCUAUCGUAUGUGCCGCUCAAUCCUACGCCAUUGCAUCGACUAACAGUCCCAGGNAUGACAUCCACCGCGACUUUGCUGCAGACCCCAAGGUCCCCACCGAAGAGAAGCCCAAGGAAGAUGAGGACGCAGGCGGUGCCGUCGAAGAAAACAAGGAUCGUGCUGAGCAGAUGCCCAGCAACAUCCAAGAAAAGGGUAUCAUCUACUUCUUCACCAGAGGCCGUGUCGGCAUUGACGACCCUCAGAGCGUUCAGGACCUGCAGCGUAGCUACUUCGUCCUGCGUCCCCUGCCCACCGGCGCAAAGCUCGGUGACGGCGCCAUCGAAGACGUCAAGAACAACCGUCUCUUCGCUCUUCCCAAGAAGGUCUUUCCCAAAAGCCCUAGCGAUAAGUUUAUGGUCUUUGUCGAGAGGGCAAAGGCUUCUAUGGACGAACUGAAGAAGGACUUCUUCUCAAGCUCAGAAUACGAAACUAAAACUGUAGGCAACCGAACCACACACCCUAUCACUCCCAUCGGUGAAGGUGUAUACGCCAUCACGGCUCAAGGAGCCCGAUCCGAAUCCCAUCUCGCCUACAUGCUCACCAUUCCUCAAGAACCUGGUCAAAUGCAGGAAGACAUGGGCAUCCGCUCAAAGGGCAGCUUCGUGCUAAGUCUAAAGAACCCUGAAGCCAAGGGCCCAUCCUACGCUACCCUCGACCAGCCCGCUGAGUUCCCUAAGGAUGUCAUUGAUGACUUCCGUGGCCGCAACUGGAUGCCCGCUCAGCCCAAGCACCUCGACUACGCCAAUGCACAACUCCUGAUGAUCGGCGAAUCCCUCGAUGACAGCCACGCACUCGAAGCCACAUCCAAGGAUGAAAAGUCCGACGACAAGGAGACACCGCAAGAGGAGAUUGAGAAGCUGGAGCAUGAAGACGAGCUCCGUGUUGAGCACCUCAAGGGAGACGACACGGUGUUUGCGGACUUGGGGCUCUCCCACAAGGAAUACCCCAGUGUCCCCACCACCUGGUAA